AUCGCUCAUGAGUUCUCUCAUGUCACUUGUAAAUUAGCAACUAAAAAAACAGAAUGAUAAUGAUAAUAAAGUUAAAAAAGUGUCUAACAUAAAUUACAUAUCACGAUUAUGAAUAUAUAAAUAAAUGGCUGAUAAAUAUCCGAGUUAUGUAAAUAAAAAACUAUGAUAAAACAUAUAUAUUUUUUAUCACCACCUGACACAGCUAGUGUCAUGGCGCUCAGUGACAAAUCAUCGGUAGUGCAUCAGUAGUGAUCAGCAGGUACACACAUUAGUGACUACUCGUGACUUGUUAAAUAAAAUAAUAUAAAUCCAGUGAUGUAUUUUUAACCUCAGGCUUUUAAAUUAUCACCGAACAAUCACCAACAUGCUGGUUAACUUAUCGUAAUUAAUUAAAAAAAAAAAAAACAAUAAUCAACAAUUGGGAAAUAAUUAUUUUAAUAAAAAGUGUUUUUUAGCACCGGCGAUGUUCCUCCGUACCGCUGAUUCGCAAAUUUAUUGCGAGCUCUAGGCUGUGGCCUAUCGCAGAAAAUGGCCGCAUGUGUAUGAAAAAAAAAAAGAAAAAAAACGUACACCGAAUACCAAAUGUUUUUUUUAAAAAUAAGUGAAUCAACAAUGCCGUAAUUAUUGUGGUUUUUAAAAUGAUAAUUUUAUUCAGUGCUGAGGAUUGUGAGUAAAAAAAUAUUUUAUUGAUCAGGCGGCGGGUUUGUGACGGUAAUAAUUAUUUAUAAAACUGGAGUAGGAAAAAAAGGGCCUAAAAGUGUUGUAUUGUGUCGGCAUGCUGUCUCACGGUCAUCGACCGGAGGCUAAGAAACGAGAUGUCGAGUUCCCCAUGGAUACGCCACUGACUUUUAUCAUCAUCAACUAUUAAAUAAUCAGCAGGACACAUUUUUAUUAUUUAUUAUUGUGAAAAAAAGAAAAAAAACUAAGUGGAUUUAAGGUACUGGUUUAAAUACCAGCUGAUGAGUUUUCUUUGUAAGAAUAAUCAACCAGUUGUCAAGUUGAUCAACUCACCAUGUUGUUAAUUAAUAAAACGUAAUAAUAAACAAACAAACAAGUGAUAUAUAAAAUGUCAAGAUUGUGGGACUGCGAGUCUUCAAGUUCAAGUUGAUUAUUUUUUUUAGUAAAAUGGGAAAAAAAAUUAAUAACACACUUGGCAUUAUUGCCUUUGUGUUUAUUAUUUAUUUGUCGACGAGAGUUGAUGGAUUAAAAUGUUACUGCGACAUUUGUGUGGAUACCAAUCACACAUGCGAGACAGACGGCUACUGUUUUGCGAGUACAAGUCGCGAAGAUGACGUCAUCACACACGCGUACAGGUGUUACGAUAAGACGCGGUUCUUCCCAGCACCCGAAUAUUCAGUAUGGUGUAGCAACAAUGAGACAGUACGAGGUCCUGGAACAGACGAAUUUGUAAUCGCAUGUUGCGAUAAUAAUGACUACUGCAACCGCGACCUACAGCCUUUGGCUAAUUCUCCUCGUGGUAUAUACAGAUUUGAAAGAGUAACGUCCGGUGGAGACGGAGUUGCAGCAUGGGCUACCUGGAAAAUGGCCCUAACGAUAGCGCUGCCAAUUUGCGCAAUUUGUGUUGUCGUAAUGGUGGUUUAUCAUAUACAUAUGAGUCGGCAUCGGCCCGCGAGACAUUUUCCCGAUGACUCGAUGGAAGCACCUGAGAGACCUAUUCUUGGUGGUGUCACUAUUAGAGACAUGCUUGAGAUGACAACAAGCGGCAGUGGUUCAGUAGGCCUGCCAUUGUUGGUACAGCGGAGUAUCGCCCGACAAAUCCAAUUGGUUGAGACAAUUGGGAAGGGUAGAUUCGGUGAAGUUUGGCGUGGAAGAUGGCGAGGUGAAAAUGUCGCUGUCAAAAUAUUUAGCUCACGUGAAGAGAGAUCUUGGUUCAGAGAAGCUGAAAUCUAUCAGACUGUCAUGUUGAGGCAUGAUAAUAUUCUGGGAUUUAUUGCUGCUGAUAAUAAAGACAAUGGAACGUGGACGCAAUUGUGGCUCAUAACGGAUUAUCACGAGAAAGGCUCGCUGUUCGAUUACCUAAAUCGGUCAACAGUCGAUACGAAGGGUAUGAUGAGGAUGGCACUCACCAUGGCAACGGGUCUUGCUCACUUACACAUGGAGAUUGUUGGUACACAGGGUAAACCAGCAAUAGCUCAUCGUGAUCUCAAGUCGAAAAAUAUUCUUGUCAAAACAAAUGGCACGUGUGCUAUUGGUGAUCUGGGUCUCGCUGUAAGGCAUGACGUUAUCACUGACACUGUUGACAUUCAGCUUAAUAAUCGUGUCGGGACCAAACGUUACAUGGCUCCUGAAGUCCUUGAGGAGACGAUAAACAUGAAUCAUUUUGAUGCCUUCAAGAGGGCUGACGUCUAUGCUCUUGGUUUAAUACUGUGGGAGAUUGCCAGAAGGUGUAAUGUCGGUGGUAUUUAUGAUGAUUACCAGCUACCGUUUUAUGAUCUGGUGCCUUCGGAUCCUACUAUUGAAGAAAUGAGAAAAGUUGUUUGUACAGACCGUCAGAGACCUUCUAUUCCAAAUAGAUGGCAAUCUAUUGAAGCACUGCAAGUCAUGUCUAAAGUUAUGAAAGAGUGUUGGUAUCACAAUGCAGCAGCAAGACUUACUGCUCUGCGUAUUAAAAAAUCACUGGCUAAUUACGGGAGUAUAGCAGACAUUAAGUAAGUAAGUAAUUUGGACUCAUGGAUUUAUAGCAGCUUGGAUUACCAACGAAUGAACAAAACGUAAUCACAUAUGCAUGCUCAGGAAUGAAAUAAAUUUAAAAGAUCUUAUUCAGCAACACAAGUAACAUACAAUUUAAUAAAUAUUAAAUAUGUA